UAAUAUUAAUUAAGCCUAUCAUAGUCAUUUAUUGUUAACGGUUUGUUUUCUUUCAAACCAUCUUCCGUUAAGCGUCUUAAUUUUUUGAAUAGUCAACUUGUCUGACUGACACGACAAUUCUCGUAUUAAGUGCGUAUGUUUUGUCAUCUUAACAGCAAUGAAUCGUCGCGAAACAACACAGUUACUACAACUAAAAACUAUCAAAGCUUUUAAAUAUAAAUUACAGCUGGAGAAAAAUGUCAAGUUCACCAUCGGGGAUGUGACUGAUGAGCAGCUAAAUCAAAGUCUGGGAGCAGGAGACAACUUGGUAAAGUUCACUUUCAAGAGAUUAACGAGCAUUAAGCCACAACAGCGUAUAACAAACCGUGUGUUCAACCGAUAUGCAAAAUAUCCGCUCUUUAAUAUGCUGCCACGUCAAAUUUUGGAAAGUCGUGCAUUUAAUGUGCUGAUCAUUUGCUGUGUUGUAUUGAGUACUGUCCUUGUGGUUUUAGAAACAGAAUCUCAGGACAAUGAGGACCAAACGCUUGAUACGGUUCAACAAUAUACGAACCGGUGCAUACUUGCCAUUUUCACUUUGGAAGUCCUAAUAAAAUGGCUGGAAGAUUUUUGCAAGUUCUGGAACAUGUGGAACAUGUUUGAUCUUGCUGUAACUGCAAUGUACCUUUUCCGACACAAAAGUGCACAUGUGCAGUAA